CAAAGCAAGCGGACACCGCGCGGGGAACCUGUGCUGUCAGCUGUAGAAGGAGCCCUCUGUCGAGUACCAACCAGCUCGACACAAACACCCGGAAGGCACGAAAGUCAAUCUGAGAGGGCGCCAUGAAUCGCUUCAAGACCUCCAAAUUCAAAAACACCACUCCGAAAAUUGCCAAGAAAGACGAAUGGAUCAGCAAUGUCCGUGCUGGCUCCUUCUCCAGCCAGGGGAAUCACAUCAAAGCCAGCUCCAAGCUGGUGGCCUUCAACACAGAGCAGGCUGGUGGAGGGGUGCUGGGUGUGUCAUCAGUCCGACCCGGUUCUGAUGGCCAGUGGACCGUCAAGCAGUUUUCCUGCCAUUCUGAUCUGGUGACCGAUAUGGACUUCUCUCCUUUUGAUGAGAGUCUCCUGGCAACAUGCUCUGGAGAUGAAACGGUGAAGCUGUGGCGUUUGUGUGAGCCAGAGAAGCAGCAGCCCAGCAGCCCGGAGCUGACCCUGCGUCCAGGCCGGGGCAAGCUGGAGCUGGUGCACUUCCACCCCACCUCCUCUGGCUUGAUGGCUGUUGCCACCUCAAACUCUCCCCUCAUCUGGGACACCAGCUGUCAGGAUGCACCGCUAGCAGUUCUGGAGCAGCACAGCGACCAGCUGCAGAGUUUGAGCUGGAAACGGGACGGCUCCCUGCUGGCUUCCUCCUGCAAGGACAAGAUGCUGCGUGUGUUUGACCCCAGAGCCCAGCUGACACCCGUUCAGAGUGCCAAAGGUCUCCAGAACAACAAGGAUUCCCGCGUUCUGUGGGCCAAAGACGACUUUUUACUGACCAGCGGCUUUGAUAUGAUGCGCGGUCGUGAGGUGAAGCUCUGGGACGGCAGGAAGCUGAGCUCUUCGCUCAGCUCUGUGUCACUCGGCACCUCCAACGGGUUGCUGAUUCCCCUGUUCGAUGAAGACACCGGUCUGCUCAUCCUCGCUGGCACGGGAGACACGGUGGUGGACUGCUUUGAAGUCUCUGCCGCUGAACCGUUCCUCACUCAGGUGAGCCACUGCCUGACGGACAUCCCAACGCGGGGGGUUGCCAUGGUACCCAAGCUGGCGCUGGACGUCAUGUGCUGCGAAGUGAUGCGCGUGCUGCAGCUGACGGACAGCUGCGUUGUGCCGAUCAGCUAUCACGUCCCUCGCAAGCACUCAGGCCAGGAGUUCCACGACGACCUGUACCCGGACACCGUGGGCACGGCUGCGGCCAUGUCUGCCGCAGAGUGGUGGCAGGGAGGCAACAAGCAGGUGGAGAAGGUCAGCCUCCACCCAGACAAGCAGCCCAAAACAAGCGCUGCACCAGCAAAACAGGCGCCUGCUAAGAAGGAGUUGCCCGGUGGUGGGCGCAAGGAGGAUGUGACCCGUGGCUGCUCCACCUCCAGCAGUCCUCUGAGCACUCCCAGCAGCAGCGCCGCCCCGUCCCGCUCUCCCUCCUCCACCUCUGGCCUCUCCUCAGGCUUCGCCCCCAGCCCCAGUCCCAGCCAGGCGGCCAAGACCAUCCAGGGCCUCCUGGGGCCGACCUCCAAGUUCCGUCACAUCCAGGGUGCGGUGAUGCACCGCGACACACACGUCACCAACCUGCGAGGCCUCAACCUGACCACACCGGGGGAGUGCGACGGCUUCUGUGUGAACCGCGAGCGCGUGGCGGUGCCUCUCGCCAUCUCCGGGGGCCAGAUCGCAGUCAUUGAACGCUCUCAGCCUGGCCGGCUACCGGACACAGCCACGCCCACCAUCCAGAACUCGGUCAACGUGGCCGACUUCUCAUGGGACCCCUUCAACACGCACUGUCUCGCUGUGGCCGGCGAUGACGCCAAGAUCAGGCUGUGGCAGGUUCCUAAAGGAGGGCUGACCGAGACUCUGACCGAGCCUGAGCUCAUCCUGCAGGGCCACACGGAGAAGAUUUACUCCAUCAAGUUCCACCCUCUGGCCAGCGGCAUCCUGGCAUCGUCGUCCUACGACCUCACGGUUCGACUGUGGAACCUGGACACCGGGGACCAGGUCAUGCUCCUCACUGGACACCAGGACCAGAUCUUUGCUAUGGCGUGGAGCCCAGAUGGAAAGCUUCUGGCCACAGUGUGCAAAGACGGGAAGGUUCGCAUCUACGACCCUCGCCAGUCCACAGCACCUGUACAGGAGGGUCCGGGUCCUGAAGGCCCCAGAGGAGCUCGAGUUGUGUGGGUGUGUGGGGGCAAGUACCUGUUGGUGUCGGGCUUUGACAGUCGCAGCGAGCGAGGACUCUACCUGUUCUCUGCGGACUCCCUGUCCUCUGGGGCUGUGGCCAACGUUCAGGUGGACGUCUCCCCCUCCACUCUCAUCCCGUUUUACGACCCUGACACCAGUCUGGUCGUCCUCACUGGAAAAGGCGACACCAGGGUGCACGUUUACGAGGUGGUGCCCGAAGAGCCGUACAUCAUUGAAUGCAGCAGCUUUAAUUCUCCUGAGCCACAUAAGGGCUUGGUCUUCCUUCCCAAAACAGAGUGCAACGUGCGGGACGUAGAGGUGGCUGUGGGGCUGAUGCUCACCAAGGCUUCCAUAGAGCCAGUGGCCUUCCGCGUGCCACGGGUGAAGAAAGAGUUCUUCCAAGAUGACAUCUACACAGACACCGCCGUGUGGUGGGAGCCGGCGCUGACGGCCUCUGCUUGGCUGUCUGGCAUUAAUGGCAAACAUAAAAAGAUCAGCCUGAAACCUAAAGACAUGACACCAGUGAGUGAGGCCCCUAAAGAGGCUCCGGUUAGGAAAUACCUGCCCUCCUCUGUGUACCUGGAGGAGAAAACGGAUGAACAGAAGAAAGAGGAGCUGCUUAGUGCCAUGGUGGCUAAACUGGGGAACAUGGACGACCCACUGCCACAGGAGUCCUUCGAGGGGGUUGACGACGAAGAGUGGGCUAAAUAUCUUGCGCAGAUUAUUGUUAUGGGGGCUCAGGUGGUGGGACGAGCGUUUGCACGUGCUUUACAACAAGAAUAUGCAGCAAGUCAAGCUGCAGCGCGGGCCAGGAGUCGUCCGGGUCAGCAAUCGGCCGCAGCCUCCAGCAUCACUGGGAUGACCCUGCAAGAGGCGCAGCAGAUCCUCAACAUCUCCAAGCUCAGCCCCGAGGAGAUUCAGAAGAAUUACGAGCACCUUUUUAAAGUCAAUGACAAGUCAGUGGGUGGUUCAUUUUAUCUACAAUCAAAAGUAGUGCGAGCUAAAGAGCGCCUGGAUGAGGAACUAAGUAUUCAGUCACAGGAUCAAGAGCAGCAGACUGGGAAGAAUACUCAAACAUGAUCUAUGAAUUGCUGCUCAUCCUAUAUUUCCUCUUCCCCUCCUCUGUAAAUUAUAACCUAAUAAAGUCCUUCUUUUUUUCUGGAUGUGACCUUGGCGUCUUUUUAGGUGUCAUUGUUAAACAUAGAAGCACAAAUGACUCGGAAGAAUUACCAUAUUUAUGUAAGAUUUAGUUGUGGUUUGUAAUAAAAGAAAUUAGGGAUUUCUGCAUUUUCAUCAGCUUGUUUUUCUGCAUCCUGUUGAGGUAAAGUGUGAAAUGUUGUGUAAAUGAUAUAGGUAUAUGUAUUUUUGUAAUGUUUAUCUUCACUGCAAAUUUAUAGCACAGAUGGACACACAAGUAUCAAAUGCAACUUUAUUAAACAUUUUUCUUUUCAUUGACAAUAUUAUCAAUAUCGUAAUAAAAUUCCUCUAAAACAGGAGAACACCGCUAUGUUGUACCAAUUGGAGACUUUUACAACUCUAAAAUUCUGCAUGUUCAACGACAGAACAUGAUGCCAGGAAAAAAUAUAAUUUCAUAUAAUCCUUUUUUCAUAUAAUGUAUAACUUCUAUAUUUUUACCUAUAAUAAAAAGGCACUUGGAAAAAAAAUAAAAUACUGACAUAAUAUCUCACAAAUGUGCAAAGAAAAAACUUGGAACAGGCCUGGCAGGGCCUUAGUCUUAUCAUGAACCCUUUGUGCAACACUGUGGCACUUCAGUCAAUGGCACCCCUUUACAUGACACUGACCUGGCUGGAGAGCACAAUUUUAUGCCCUGGUUUUCUGUUCCGUUUCUGAUUCAUCUAGUGAGGUUUACUUUAAAAACACCAGGAGCAAGUACCGCUUUAUAGUGUCCGAACAAUAAGACUUAGAACAUUUUAGCCAGUGAGGAUCAUUUGUACAAUUAUUCUUGGUCCACCAACCCCCCCCCCCC